AUGGCUACGGUGUCAUCAUCCGGACUGAACCUCUUAUCUUCAACGACAAGACAUUCCUCUCUUCUCAGGUCCAAACCCUUCAGCUUUCUGCGCCGGAGGUGUACCAGCCGACCAGGGUGUGUCCUCCCUGGUUCUCGGCACUUGCCAGCCCGCGCCCACGACUUCUCGUCUUCAUCCUCGGUCCAGCCAAGCCCACAGCCACUGAAUGACCUUCCCAAUCGCACAAUUUCUCAUCUCAAAACCACUCCGGCCAACGGACUUCUUUGUCUGGAGUGGUCUCAGCCUCCUCGGAACCUUUUGUUGGUCAAGAAAGACUGCUCCGACGAGACGACUGAUGCUCUCGAGGAAUUCAGCCAGCACGUCACGUCAACGUACCCAAAUCUCAACAUUCUGGUCGAACCUCACGUCUCCUCCGAAAUUGGACACCGCCUUCCUGGACGUUAUUUCAGCCCUGUCGAUACAGCGAAAUCAAGACAGGAAUAUCAUGACAAAGUCGACCUAGUCGUCACCUUUGGUGGCGAUGGGACAAUCCUGCACGCGGCUUCCCUGUUUGCCAUGUCUUCACAAGUGCCCCCUAUUCUCUCGUUUAGCAUGGGCACCCUAGGGUUUUUGAGUGAAUGGAAAUUCGCGGAAUACAAACGGGCAUUCCGUGAAGUGUAUAUGUCCGGUGCUGCCUCCGAAAGACACGCUGUCAUCGAAAGCUCCUCUCCAACAGAAUCGGAUUCGACAACUGAAUAUACGGGUUGGUCAUCCAUACGGGGCAAGUCAAUGGGCCCCACAAGAGGGGCAAGAGUUCUGGUACGACAACGUCUGAAGGUCGGUGUCUUUGACGCCCAGGGCCACCGGCUGAGAAAUAAUGGAGACGUCUUGCACGACAUGCAUGCAAUGAAUGAGGUGAUCCUCCACAGAGGCCGAGAUCCACAUCUUGCCAUUGUCGAUGUUUAUGUGGGAGGCAGAUUCCUCACGGAAGCCGUAGCAGAUGGUAUGAUCAUUUCCACGCCUACCGGAAGCACAGCAUACAGUCUCAGCAGUGGUGGGAGCAUUAUACAUCCACUCGUAUCGUCUUUGCUCCUCACCCCUAUCUGUCCCCGGAGUCUGAGCUUUCGUCCCCUUGUUCUUCCAGCUACCACGCCCAUCACCCUGAAGCUUAGUGAAAAGAACAGGGGGCGGGAGGUUGAAGUUAGUAUUGAUGGUAUGAGACGAACAAAUGGCAUUGGAGUUGGUACAGAGCUGCGAGUUUCUACUGAAGAAAUCAAAACUGAUCCUGGAGGUUCCGUUGGUGGUAUCCCCUGUAUCAUGAGAAGAAGCAGUGCUGGAACUGAUGGAGAUGAUGGCUGGGUGGGAGGGUUAAAUGGAUUGUUGAAGUUCAACUAUCCAUUUGGUGAGGAAAGCUGA